AUGGUGAAUAAUAUGAGGAAUGUGGUGAUGCUGUUUGGAGUGAUUAAGAUGCCGGGUGAGAUGAAGAUGCUGGAUGAGAUGGUGAAUGAGAUGACGCACCAAGUGCAUGCUGAGGUCGUCAUUGCAGGCUUGUGCGAGUUUCCAGCGGAGUGGAGCGGAAGAUGGUUCAGGUCUGGCAUGGGACAAGAGGGACCAAUUCUUAUCAACAGAGGCAGCAUCUCCAAGACCGGAGACUGCGUGGAGAAGGGCAAGGCCAACAGAUACCUCGUCAAGGAGGAGAAAUACAACUGUCACAAGUGUAUGGUAAUCAACAUGAAACACAGCAACAUCAUACAAUACAAGGAAUCGUAUUGCGACGAUACGAUGGAGUUGGACCUACGGGCGCUAUGCAUGGGCAUCACAGGGGACGCUAUGCUGUACUCAAUGUUCCGUCUCAGCGCUGAACCGGUCACCUGUCCAUUCCACGGCCCCCUUACCUUCACCUACUCCAAGGGCUACGGGGAGUGUGUUCACCCUGUCUCCCAGGUGGACUCGUGCGCUGAGGAUUCAAGGCUGCUGUUCCGUCACCAGGCGUGUGCUGAUGUCCCCGGCUCUGAGAGCUUUGUGGAAGAGCUGGUGUGCCUGGCAUCCUGGAAAGAGGGUUCGAACCACUACCUGGUGGGUAAGGUGAACCACAUCCACGCCAACAGUGACGAGGACCGCUAUCGCUGCUUCAUAUACGAACACCCACACCACCAGGGCAACACCCAGACCUGGAACCUUGCCCAGUCGGCCGAUGCAACCUGCCAAGGACUCAUCUCGGCUCAUGAGGGCAGCAAGACCAUGAAACUCACUAAAGUGACUCACAACGGAAGGAAGUGCAAGUUCCCGGGGUGGCUGACGACCCAUCGCCACUGGCACACACUUGACAACAGCCAGAGUUACUUCGUGUACCACAAGAACACCUCCUUGAGGAUCAGCAACGGCACCGCGGCUCCUGAAGACAUAGAGACCCGCGGCCACACCGACUUCCGCUUGGUGUGUCACAAGUACGAGAACCACAGAGACCACCGGCGAGGUGGUGGCGGCGGCGGCGGCGGCUCCGGUGGCGGUAGCGGCGACCAUCACGCCCCCAUCGGCGGCGGCGGCGACCACCACAAACACCACCGUGACCACGUCGAUGAGGACCACGUCACUGUAGUGGCCCACGUCACUGUAGGAUGCAAGAGCGGCUACCAGUGCCUGAGAAUCUACCAUCGAGAUGAACACGUGGUUCAGGUACGGUCGGGCGAACUGGCCUUCACGGCCGAAGAGGCUUGUUCCUCCCACUACUGGUCGCCCGCCACGGCGAACCUCACGACGCUGGUGGCUGCCGGAGGCCCGCCCGGCCCCUGCGGGCCUUUCGGUAGGUACCACGUGCCCGAUACUCUGGUGCCCUGCGCCGGCGACGCCACCACCUUCACCCGCGUGACGGUGGGCUGUAACUCCGACUCUGGGAAUACCUUGCAGCUCAACGCCAGAUGUCCUGAGGAAUCUGUCUACGUAUUCCAUUGUCACGGCCAGUGGGAGUCAGAGGGGGUGACGUACGUGGUGGCGUCACCGAUGUCCCGGGCGUCUGGGGCGCCUCGUCGCGUCUGCUUCGCCUACAGCGUGGCGUCUGCACCAGGAGCCACCAACACCCUCACCCUCACAGCCCGCCAUGACACUUGCAUCCAGCGGCAGCACGAUGCUCACAUCGCUCUCAAUGCUACGCUGGCAGGAAAGUGCAUGGAGAUGAGCGGGAUGAACUCCAGCAGCAGCAGCAGCUGGAGGAAGGGACCAGCGGGUGGACAGGUGCAUCUGGGUGCUCUUCUCCUGCUGCUUGUCCUCCUUGUCGUGCCGGCCACUCCACUGUCAUUGUAGUUUUGGAUGAGAGGGGGCUAGUGUGUAGCGGUGUGUGUGUGUGUGUGUGUGUCUGCAUACUUGUACUGGGUGUAUAAGUAUAGAAUUGGCGUCUGCAAGUAUGUGGGAGUUUGCGUGCGUGUGUGUGUGUGUGUGUGUUUGGGUGUUGCCGUUUGAAUGGUCCACCUGCCCACUCACUCUUGAGUGUGUCGAGUGCCUGCUGGCUGAGCUGGUGGAUGAAGUCCUCGGCACUAACUCGUUGGACCUGAUGAAAAGACCUAUUGCUUAAGAUAUUUUAGUUUCUUAUUUCCUGGCGUAAAAGACACGAGGUAUCGGCGCUUCUCCGUCGCCCCCAGCAGGUCGUGUCCUCAGGAGUCUGGCAGGCUUACUCUCACAGUCCUUGUUAAGCAGAUGUGAACGCUAUCUUGAGAUCCGUCUCAAAUUGCGAGUGAUACAAGAAGAUGAACGCAUGCCUCCUUGCAGAGUAGCUAUAAUCUGUAUUAAUCUAAGGGAUGAUAUAUAUAUAUAUAUAUAUGUGUGUGUGUAAAAAAAAAAAUUGAAAAAAUCCCGCUUUGAAGCUGAUAAUGUAUUUCUUAUGCCGUCUAUGUGGGACAUUUUUGUUAAGUCUCUUAUCCGGCCAACUGGGUAUAACUGAGUGACCUGCCAAGCUCCUUCAAGUGACCGUAUGGGGUGUGUGUGAUACGGGGUUGUCGCCGCUACUCCUUCCUAAUGCCCCCCCCCUCUUCUCCUUCCUAAUGCCCCCCUUCUUCUACACCAUUCAUCCCCCUUUUCUCUGUUAUUCCUCCCUCGGGUAGUCGAGAACAAGUAACUGUCGCUACCUGUGUUUUCUAUGUUUUUUUUCUGUGUUGGUUUCACCCUUUCCGUUUUCUACUUUCGUUUUCUCCUCCCUCCGCAGCUGUUGAGGAUGGGCAACUCUUAUAGAAUAUUUGGUGCGUUCUCAGGCGCACAAUGUUCACACCUUUCACUUACUGCCUGGCCUUCCUCGGAGUUGAGUUAUAUUCCUGUGUGAAGGAUCUUUAAACUUGCGAUGAGUGGAGAAAGAGUACACUGUAUUUCUUUAAUGCUUUAGCUUUAUAAAUAUAAAUAUAUAUAAAUAUAUAUAUAUAUAUACUUUGAUAAUUGUAUGAUGGCCACCCAUACUGUAGGUGGAAAGACGUGUUGUGAUAUUUGUUUAAUGUGUUCACACAAGAGGCGGGCGAGACGUCCGUUUUUAUCUAAGCCGACAACACUUUCCGUGUGAAGACAGCUUUGCUACCAAAUGAGUGUUAUCAAGACUUUAAUGUGAUGAGUGGGCGUGGGUUGGCCUGAAGCAAUGGGCGGGGGGCGGCGCUGCCGACAAGGACACGUACCUGAGGACUUCACGCCCGCACGCCCACGCAAGAGUAUGGGCGGCGGAUCCUUACAAGUACUGGGGGAGGGGACGUGGACACCCUGACUGCAACCAGGCGACCCGUCUUAAAGAAACAAAGGUCCUAGUGAGAUCAUAACGAGGAAGACUUACUGCCAUUCGAUCCUCUCCCCCAGCUCAGUGAAGGUUCUCAGAAUCGCUCAAGUAGUGUCUCAAGGGGUGUAGCGUAGCCGUGACAAACACGCACCAGUGUUGUGGCUCCUGGGCCCCCGUCCCUGCCAGGGCUGAUUCCCAACCACAUCCAUGUCGUUUACCCAUCAUUUUUAGGCGCCUUCGUCUGGCUUGGAGGUAGCGUGCCAGAGUGAAGAUGUUGACGAGGCAAGUGUGAGAGGGUGUAGGCCACAGCUACGAAGCUAAACCUGAGGCCAACUGGUACACUACGCUCCAAGGAGCGUAGAACGCCAUUUAGAACGUUUGUUCCCUAUUAUUUAACCAUUGUGAUAAUGUAUGGGAAUGGCAUACUAGUCGAUUUUUAAUAAUUUUUCUUUUUAUAUUUAUUAACACGGAAAGUGUACGAUUUUACGUUUUCUCGACGAAGUAGGUAGGGUAGGGUAGG